CACACACACACACACACACACACACACACACACACACACACACACACACACACACACACACACACACACACACACGGACACGCACGUAGCCUCCCAGAGAACGUCUAUUAGUGAAGAUGUUCCACUUUGAGGCGUUUCAGGAUGAAUUUUAAUUUAGACAACUUCUAAUCAUGUUUCAACGUUUUUAAUUCAACGAUAUUUUAACUGCAUUUAUGAUGUAGUAAAUUUAUAAUGAACUUAUAGUGAACUAAUAGGGGAUUUAUAGUGAACUCAUAAUGAGUUUAUAGGGAAUUUAUUUUGAAUUUAUUUCGAAUUUGUGAACUUAAAGUGAAUUUGUAGUGAAUUUAUGAAGUUGUAGUGGAAUUAUUGUGAACUUAUAAUACAAUUAUAAUGAAUUUAUAGUGAGUUUGUAAAAUUACAUUGAUUUUAUAGCGAGUUUAGAGUGAAUUUAUCAUGAAUUUGUGAACUUAUAGUGUUUUUUUGUGAAUUUAUAGUGAAUUUAUCAAGGUAUAGUGAACUUCUAAUGAAUUUAGAGUGAAUUUAGAGUGAAUUCAUGAAGUUAUAGUGGAUUUAUAGUGAACUUAUUUUAAAUUUAUAAUGAAUUUAUAGUGUUUAUAAAGUUAUAGCGAAUUUAUAGCGAGUUUAGAGUGAAUUUAUAGUGAAUUUGUCAAGUUAUGGUAAACAUGUAGUGAAAAUUAUGAAGUUAUAUUGGAUUUAUAGUGAAUUUAUUUUGAAGUUAAAAGGAAUUUAUAGUGAGUUUUUAGUGAAUUUAUUAUGAAUUUGUGAACUUAAAGUGAAUUUUUAGUAAAUUUGUGAACCAAUAGUGAACUUAAAGUAAAUUUAAAUCGAAGUUUUAUUUGACUAAUAGAUAAUAUUUCAUUUUUAUAUGCAUCGUUUUGAUUACAUGCAAUAUUUAACUUUCAUGUACAACACUGUCGAUAUAAUGUGCAAUAUUUCAUUUUCAUUUUACCUUUCAGGCACAAUGUUAUAUUUUAAUCUCAUUUUUUAUGUGUAAUAUUGUCAUUUCAUCUUUUUUUCAGGUGCAAUAUUUCAUGUUCUUGUCUGGCAUUAUUUUUUAUUAUUAAUUAUUGAAAUAUUUCAUGUUCUUGUGUGAUAUUACUUCUAUAAGGCAUUGUAAUAUUUCAUCUUUAUGUUUAAUAUUAUUUAUUACCUCAGUAUGAUUGGAAAUUAAACAGAUAUGGUGAGUUUAGUUGAAAUGGGACACCUGAAAUUGGAUACAAUGAGCUUUUUUUUUUUUUUUAAAUCCCUUAUUAACCCCACGAUGGGAAAUUCUGAUUGUUGCAUAUCCCCCCAUUUGGGGGAGUCAGAGCGCAGGGUCAGCCAUGGUACGGUAUUUUGAAGUAGUAUGUAAAGUAUCCCCAAACGACUGCUUAUGUUUUGUUGGAAAUUAAUCUGAUGGAUAGAAAAAAGUUUGAGAUGGAAAAACCUUUCACUAAAAUGCAUUUCUGGUGCCUGGAUUGUCCGUCAGAGUGGUAGCUCUCUACUCUGUUCUGCUCUUUAACAUCUUUGAGUCGAAGCGUGUCGUCACAGGUUGCAGGAUUUAAAGGGGCAGCAGCUAAACUCAGGGUCAGUUUUUUUGUCGGCCAACACUCUGUCCUGGACUUUACUCAUGAUUUCUGGGAAACAGGUGAAACUGAAGAUGUUUUCCAGAUGUCCACUCUGUCUGUUCACCCUGUAAUAUCAUGUAGUACUAGUAUCAGUGCUAGUGUUAGUAUUAGCACCGCAAAUCUGCAGUAUUUCGCUCAAGUAGACGAAAAUAAACCAAACUCCCCUUAGAAAACUGCUUAUUUAAAGUUUGUGUUCAGUUUUGGGGAAAAUUUAAAAGGUUAUUCAACCAGAUAGUUACAUCGUCUGAUCUGGGAGAGUGUAUUCUUUAAUUCGUUGUGGGUCACAUACACGAACAAUUUUAUAUUUUUUUGCAAUUCUAACUUUACUCCCGGUUCCGCCGCCUGAAUGGUUAGCUCCUGCUAAUAGCGUAAUACGCCACAGAGGGCGGAAGUCGGAAGUCUGUUGGGAAAAGUACGCCGAAAGUUCCUCAGGGUUAUUUAAGUCCUUAAAAUGUGUUAAAGUUCAUUACGGGACGUUUGUAUGUCUCCGAAAAACCGCGGAUGGAAUUUACCGGCAGUUUUUUUGACCGGAGUUUGGUUUCAACGUCUGCGGGGCUAAACUGACUCCAGACCAGCUAACUGUGAGCUAGCUUUGCCCGGAAGCCUUGAAUCUUCGGUUGAGAGAGCUGGACACGGAAUACACUGAAAAUAAAGACAUUUAGGGGUAAAAAUCUAAACGUUUUAUCCUAUUAUGAUUAAGUUUCACAGAUGUAUUUAGGAGCUACUGCCGUUAAAGUGCAUUUUAGAGGCGAGCCGAGCUGCCAAACUGAAUUUUAACGCCUGUUUUGAGUUUAAAUAAGUGAAAUUUUGAGAUUUUGCUCUGAAACCUUUCACAAAACAUUCACUAAUUACACUAAAAAAUGCCAUUAUGUUGCAAAUUUAACAGCAUUUAUUUAUUUCAUUUAUUUUAUAUAUUUAUAUUUAUUUAUUUAUUACAAAUUUGUCCGGUUACGCCUGUAUUUAAGUUGUUUUUAUUUUAGCUAACUCACUAGCUGGUGGCUAGGCUAUAGCUAAGUUAGCAAACAAACAUCAGUUUUCUAACAUUUUAGCAGCUUAAAAUGAAAACUGACGGGGUUUUCUUUAAUGGAAAGACUAAAAAACAUUUAACACUGACAUGAGUUAUGAGAGGUUGUAAGCUCAUGUGUAGCUGUAUCUGUAUUUAUUUGAAUUUAACCCCCUAUAUUGUGAAAAUGAUGCUUUUCACUGUUAGCUUCCUUGGUUAAUGUGGUUUAUUAGAUUGUCAGACUUGAUUAGGAGUGUUAGUUUGAGAUUUAUAACAUGUAUGACCCCAUAGAAACACACACAGAGUCACUAUAGUAACCUGAAAUGUCAACAAAUGGAGAGAACAUUUAGUUUUACGCAUAUAAAGUCAUCCACAUUCCUGUUUCUUUUUGAUUUAGUGAUUUCUUUUUGGUGUUUUUACAGCAUGGAGUCCACCGUUGGUGAUUUUCUGUCUCCAGAGUCGACCGUCACCUCCCUGCUGUCCAGUUCGGGUCACCUGAGGAGCAGCCUGAGGCCUCCUGAACACAGCGACACCUUCAGAUACAGAGACAAGGACUACGAUUCAGCCUCAGCGGCGUUGGAUGCCUACAUCGCAGACUUCGACAGGAGUCGUCAGAACAGCGAAGCUUCGACAGGAAAACUGGUUCUACAACAGAACCGACCCUCCACACCGAGCAGACCCAGACUGCUCAGGAACAAAGACGUUCUCAGGGAGCGACUGACCGACCAGGAGCUUGACUUCCUGAACCUCCCCGUCAGCUCCCUCCGUCACCGUAGCAACCGCGACAGACUCUCCAUGACGACGGAUGAGCUGCUGGCCAUCCCCAAUGACGGCUCGAUGCCCAUCACCCACACCUCCGCCUUCAUACAAGGCCUCCUGUCCCGGUCUGAAUCCUCCCAGCAUCGCCCCUCCUCCAGACCAGCAUGUAGAACCUGUUCUGGACUCAGCAGCAGCCAUACAGUCCUCCAUCACCAGAACCAGAACCACCAGUCUCUGCCCCCCAGGACAUCCAGGAGCUGCAGGUGUAAAAGUAGACCAGGAGCAGCCAUGUUUAAACCAGGUGUGGACGUCUCCUCUGCUGCUAGUCUUAAGUCUGCACACAGAGCAGUGAGGUCAGAGUGGGCGGGGCCUUCCUCGUCCUUCCACCUCCCUCAUUGGCUCACCAGCAAUAAGGCCGACAUGAACUGUUCUGGGAUCAGCAGCGUUCCUGAUUUUAAUUAUCCAGCCUGGAUUCAGAGCUGUGACCUCAGCGAACCUCCUCCGUCCACAGAUCUGUGGGACUUUAACGCUCCCAGAGCCGGAGUUCCUUCCUGGGUGGAAGAUCUGGAGAAGGACGAUGAUCCCGACAACACAUCUGCACAGGUCGAUAACCAGCAGACGCUCAGAGAUCUGAGGCUCCAGUUGGCUGAACAGAUUUCUGUGAUCGCUGCAGACAGAAAAGACUCUAUGACGGCUCUGUUCAGAGAUAACAGGAUUGAGUCUCUGAUCCAGAAGGCAGAUCAGGUGUUAAACUCUUUAUCUCAGAACUGUGGAGGAGCUGAAAGUCCUCCAGAACCAGUUAUCAGCUCUGCUCUGAGUCCCGUCAACACUGAGGAUCUGCUGCUGUGUUCCCCUUCACUCCGUCCUCCAGUCGCUCCAGACUCGGCAGCAGGAGGUGCCACAGAGAGUCUGACUGAGAAGACGGUGAAGUUUCAGGACUACGACUCCCAUAAAGCCAGCAUCUGGAAGCAGCCCGGUCCAGUGGAGGCUCUGAAACAGAUGCUGUUCAGGCUUCAGUCUGUGGAGUCGGAGCUUCAGCGACAACAAGAAGCUUCACCAGAACUCCAAAACAGGCUGCAGACGCCGGAGAAACAGUUUCCUGAUGGUGAGUCAGAGCUGCAGAAUUUUCCUGGACGGCCUUCACUGCAGAGAGCUCUGCAUCACCUGAACCGUCUGAAGCUGCUGGUAGAAGAACCAACAAAGAAACACAGAGAGGAGGAGAAGGAUGAAGAUGAAGGACGUUACUCCUCUUCAUCUGCUGACGGACUCAUGACUUCUCAGAAGGAACCUUCUUGAAGCUGAUGGACCCCUGAUGUUCUCCCAACAUCUGACCAUAAAUCUGAAUGAAGGCGCUUUAAUUCAUGUUAAUCAUUCCAGACUAAAAAACUGAAGCAUCAAUGAAACGAGUCAAAAGUUCUGUCAGAGUUACAGUGAAGGUUCUGAUUUCAGCCACUUUAUUGGUGCCUUAAUGAUGUAAGCUAACAUUAGAAUGUUAGCUAACAUGCUAACGACGCUAAGAGUGUUAAAAUGUGGUUGCAGUUUAAAUACUAAAUGUCAGUAAUUUAACAUCCAGUUUUAUGGAUGCUAACUGUAGCCUAGCCACAUUAAUAUGCUAAUAUUAGCAUGUUAAUAAUAAAAAACGUUCAUGUUGGCAUUUUUACAAGCUAAACGCUAAAUGUUACAUGCUUUUUUGAUCUAAAUUUAAGUCAAAGAACUUGUAACAAUAGACUAAUAUAUUUAGACAAAGUUCUUUAUUUACCACUGAUGCAUUUAGGGGAUUUCUCCUUUUUUGUUACAUGAAAUAAGGGUUAAAACUUGUAUUUAUUUGCAAGAUUAAUGUAUCUACACACUAGUUCCAGUAUCCAAGGUGUUCAAAGUUUUUAUCAUCACAGUAUAAAUCAACACUGAGCUGCUGAGACCAUGAGGUGCAGCUUAGCUUAAUGACAUCUGGGCAAAGUUUGAACUGAAAGGCUUCUAUGUGACGUGUUCAUGCAGGAGAAGCACAGGUGACAGAAUUACACCUGUACCUUUCUUGCUAUGACAAGUAAAAAUGUGGUGGAAAUGGUCUGGUACCAGUUUCUAACCCAUAAAAUCUCUUCAUCAACCUCUAAGUUGUAUUUAAAACCAGGAAACACACUGAUAGUUUGAUUUGGAGCUUGAUAAUGAAGAAGUGCCUGAAAAAACAAUCAAACAUGGAUGUCGAGCAUCAGCCCUUCAGACCAAAUGUGUCUUGGAUCUGAAGUUGAGUUAAACGUGCACAGUAUUUAAUUUAGCCCUCAUAAUUUAGACUGUAUGGGAUAUCUACCAUACAUAGCCAACGAGGAGGAUAGGAGGAUUUUAGAUGUAGGAAACAACAUGUUGCCUUUUGCUAACGGUAAACAGAAAUUCAGAUUGUUUUCUUGAAUAUUUUUAUUCAUUUUUAGGUCAAACUCAGGAUUUUUUUUCCUGCUGUUUUAUGUUGAGUGACAUUAAAGUGUUGAAUCAUCAUUCAGAUAAACAGGUGAACUGGUGUUUGUUGUGCACCAGGUGAGAGAAACGUCUUUGUGAAACCAGACUCUGAUUAAUGAUCUUUUCUUCUAGUGCCAAACAAGACUUUUUUCCCUCAAAUUAUGUCUGAUUGAUCUGGUUUUAGAUCAGGUCUUAGACUUAGUUUUCGACCUGGUUCUGGAUCUGGUUUUAGACUUAGUUUUGGAUCUGGUUCUGUAUUUGUUUUCAGUGCAUUAAGUGGGUCUAAAAAGGUGCAGGUAUUCUAUUUUCCAAUAUCAACCAUUAAAAAAACAAAACAAAAAAACAAAAACAAAAUUGGUACUAAAGCUUGCGCUAUACUUGUACCUAAUCGAUUGUGGCUAAAUAAGUUGUGGCAACUUAUUUUACUGUUACAACAAUGUUUGUUGAACUUGUAAACCAACAAAGAUAUUAAAUAUAAAUUUAAACACA